AUGACUGUCGAUAAGUCUUUCAAUUCUUAUACUAAACAACAAUGGGUUGAAGGGGCAGAAUAUCAACAGGAAUGUGAUGGAUUAGUGCUUAUAGACAGCAUAGGAGACAAUGUAGCAAAGAAAGAGGCGCCCCCAAACUUAACCUUGAGAGGGUUCGAAGUGAUCGAUGAGAUCAAAGCAGACUUGGAGAAGAGAUGCAAAGGGAUUGUUUCGUGUGUAGACACACUAGCAUUGGCAACCCAAGAGGGUGUUGCAUUUGCAAGAGGUUAUGCUGUGCAAACUGGGAGAAGAGAUGGGACUGUUUCCAACAUCAGUGAAGUUCAUAUUCCAGUGCCUUCUUUCUCUAUUUCAGAUGCUUUGAAAGCUUUCCAAAACAUUAGUCUUGAUUUAGAUGACCUCACUACUUUACUAGGUGCGCAUGCAAUUGGAUUUUGCCACUGUGGUUUCUUCGUGGACCGGCUCUACAACUUCAGAGGUUCGGGCCUACCUGACCCAAACAUGGACUCAAAUCAUGUUGAUUCUUUGAUAAAAAUCUGCCCAAAACCGGCUAACCAAACCUUCAACAUAAGCACAGACCCUAAAGUGUUCAUGAGCCAAACAACAAACACACCCUUCAAGCUUGACACAUCUUUCUACCAUGGAGUCCUUGGAGGAGAAGCACUACUUCAAUUGGAUCAACAGCUAGCUUUCACUGGGAUUACUGAAAAGAUUGUCUUGGAUUAA